GGGUGGGGGGAAAGGGAACUAGGACACUAGGGUCACAGAAUGACCCCAGAGCUCGGGGUUUCUGAGAUUCCAGACUGAUUGCUAGUCCGCAGUGUCCGGCUCCCUCAGCUAGUUGGGCAGCGACAAAGUGAAAUGGACAGCGUGAGACAGAUGUUCCAGCCACCUCUCCACAGCCAGAGAUUUGGAAGCUGCUCUCAGGCCAACUACAGUUUCCUUCCUGGAGUCUCUGAGCGCUCGGGACCCGCGGGAGCCGAGCAAGAGCGUGCGCCUGGAAGCUGCUCCGCUCAGAUGCCUUCACCAGAGCAGUAAGAACUUCCCGCUCCAGCCCCUGGAUCCCCUCCCUCUGAAAUUCCCCAGAAAAGGAGGAAGACCCUAGGGGGAGGGGCGAGGGAGAUCCCCUUGCAGCUCUUUCCUCCUCCCUUCCCCCACCCCACCGGGCGUGCAGGCAGGCAUGGAUAUGUUCAGUCUUGGCCAGGGCAACAACACCACAUUGUCCCAGGAGCCCUUCGGUACAGGCGGCAACGUUACUGGCAUCUCCAACGUGACCUUCAGCUACCAAGUGAUCACCUCUUUGCUUCUGGGCACGCUCAUUUUCUGCGCGGUGCUCGGCAAUGCCUGCGUGGUGGCUGCCAUCGCCCUGGAGCGCUCCCUCCAGAAUGUGGCCAACUAUCUCAUCGGCUCCUUGGCGGUCACCGACCUUAUGGUGUCAGUGCUGGUGCUGCCCAUGGCUGCAUUGUACCAGGUGCUCAACAAGUGGACUCUGGGCCAGGUCACCUGCGACCUGUUUAUCGCCCUGGAUGUACUGUGCUGCACCUCAUCCAUCCUGCACCUGUGCGCCAUCGCGCUAGACAGGUACUGGGCGAUCACUGACCCUAUAGACUACGUGAACAAGAGGACGCCCCGGCGCGCUGCUGCGCUGAUCUCGCUCACUUGGCUCAUUGGCUUUCUCAUCUCCAUCCCGCCCAUGCUGGGCUGGCGCACCCCGGAAGACCGCUCGGACCCCGAUGCAUGCACCAUCAGCAAGGACCACGGCUACACCAUCUACUCCACUUUCGGAGCUUUCUAUAUCCCGCUGCUCCUCAUGCUGGUCCUCUAUGGGCGCAUCUUCCGAGCCGCGCGCUUUCGGAUCCGCAAGACUGUCAAGAAGGUAGAAAAGAAGGGAGCAGGCACCAGCCUCAGUACGUCGUCGGCCCCGCCCCCCAAGAAGAGCCUGAACGGACAGCCAGGUAAUGGGGACUGGAAGCGCAGCAGCUCUGAGAACAGGGCUGUGGGGGCUCAGUGCGUGAAUGGCGCGGUUAGGCAGGGUGAUGACGACGCCGCCCUGGAGGUGAUCGAGGUGCACCGAGUGGGUAACUCCAAAGACCACCUGCCGCUGCCCAGCGAGUCGGGAGCUACCUCCUAUGCCCCCACAUGCUUGGAGAGAAAAAAUGAGCGGAAUGCUGAGGCAAAGCGCAAGAUGGCUUUGGCCCGUGAGAGGAAGACAGUGAAGACACUGGGCAUCAUCAUGGGCACUUUCAUCCUCUGCUGGCUUCCCUUCUUCAUUGUGGCUCUGGUCUUGCCUUUCUGUGAGAGCAGCUGCCACAUGCCUGCCUUGUUGGGUGCCAUAAUCAACUGGCUGGGCUACUCUAACUCCCUGCUCAAUCCAGUUAUUUAUGCUUAUUUCAACAAGGACUUUCAAAACGCAUUUAAGAAGAUCAUCAAGUGCAAGUUCUGCCGCCGAUGAUGAUGAUGAUGAUGACAGU